UGACAAACCGGAAGUGUCGCGCUACGCUGCUACUGUUCUCGACGCUGGUGUGGAGCGAAGCAUCCAGCUCGCCUGCAUUCCUCCUCUCUCUGUCUCGACAGACCGACGCAGGCACGGGAAGGAAGAAAGGAACGAAGACAAGAAAACUCAAAUCAUCUCCCACCACCUUUCAGCUGGAUAUUUUUUAUAAACCCAAAGUGGACUCACACGGAUACCGGUGACCAAAUAUGGCCGCGACUAAAUAAGCACGUCAGGGACUGGGUUGGUGGACUUUUGGACCUUAGAGCAGCGUUAAACAACAAAAAAAACGUCUAUUUUGUAUGCGGGGUUCCGUGGUGAACGUCGACUAAAAGACAAGGGGCUUCGGUGAAACAAUCUCCAAGCUUUCCACGGUGGAUAUUUUCUGUGUGUGUGUGUUUUUUUAAAUAACAAGAUGGCUGAUGACAGCUAGCCUUAACAAGGACAGCAGCAAAGAGAGCGAGUGAGAGUGGCGUCUCCUUUAAUAAAUCUCCCCAGUGUGUAUAUUUUUGUAUUUUUAAGCCGAAUAGCACUGCUUUUGACGUAGCACUAGCAACAAUAAUGCCUUCGGUGGCGGCUAGCGAAGCUUGAGGGGAAAGUGCGUGUUAACGCGGUACCUGUUCCGAGGCUACAAAAUGGUGAGGUGAGUCUCCUUCCAUGAUUUGAAUCGAGAUAAGGAAGUGGAUGAAAAUAUGUUGUUGGCUGAAGGCGGCGGCGAGACGAGGCCAACAAGCUGGACACCCAAAGUAAGGAUUUAAAUUUGGAUAAAUUAAAUCAUCUUCUAGGUGGUGCUAGUAGUGGUGGUGGUGGGGGAGGCUUAUUUGAUCGAUGUGUCGAAGCGGCCGACAUUCCUGCGGAUCGUUUUAAAAGCCCUUUUUGUUUCGCUUAGCCGAGUUAGCUUCAUUCCGCCAUUAAAGACAGCAACUAUGCAGAUAAGCGGUGUGAUGUGAUGAUUUGUCGAUAUAAUACGAUUAGAAGGUCUUUUGUUGUCGAAUGGAAAGUGCCAGAAAGAGCCGCGGCCUUGUCUCAGUGUGUGUAAGUGUGUAAUAUAUACAUAUAUAUAUGUGUGUGUGUGUAGAUUAUCAUUAUUCAUCUCAUGGAAAUGGCGUUUUCACGUCAAAUUGGAGCCUCCCAGGCGACUGCGUUGUUAAUCCGACUUGUGCGAGCUUGUUCCUGGGCUGUGGUGCACGUUAGGCGGCUUUAAUAACAGAACCGAACAUUCUGUGCGGGUUCAUUUGUGUCGGUUCUUUUUGGUUAAAAACAACUGGGGGGGUUUGAAUCGGGUUUGUAUAUUUGUAUGUGCGGUAAAUCAGGGUGUGGAUCCGUUUGGUUCUGGGUCCAAACCGGUCCAGGUUUAUUAUAAUAAUAAUAAUAAUAAUAAUAAUAAUUAAAGAGAGCCGGAGAGCUCAGUAGAUUGCUUCCACUGCAUACUGCUCAUUUGCAUAUUAGUUCUUUGCUUGUUUGGUUAUCUGUGCCUUGUUUGAAUUCCAAGGUUUACCUGGAGCUGACAGCAGGCUUGUAGCUUCCUGUAGGCCACACACACACACACACACACACACACACACACACACACACACAUAUAGAGGCCCCGGAGUGUGUGUCAUUGUAGGGAAGCUGCAUUUACAGUCACACUCGGGUCGCUUUACUGGAACAUCACGCUGCAGCAAUAACUUAACGCAAAGUCAGGGUCUUGUUUGUGAGGGUGGAGAUACGUGAUCUUUCAAGACCACGUCGGUCUGUUUUUCCUUUGCUUCCUCCCAAACCGGGGGGUGUCGGGUUUCCCGAGAACAGACAGACCGAAACCCGGAGGAGCCGGUGCAUGCCUGCCCGUGCCGCCAUGGCGUCCGACAUGGCCGAGACAUGGAGAAACUGUUUUGAGGAGGAGCUCAUCUGUCCCAUCUGUCUGCACGUCUUCUCGGAGCCCAUCCAGCUGCCCUGCAAGCACAACUUCUGCCGGGCUUGCAUCAGCGAGGCGUGGGCCAAAGACUCCUCGCUGGCCCGCUGCCCCGAGUGCAACCACGCGUACACGCAGAAGCCUAACCUGGAGAAGAACCACAAGCUAUCCAACAUCGUGGAGAAAUACAACGCCCUCAGCGUGGAGAAGGCCCAGUCGCCGCCGCCACAGUGCAUCCUGUGCCGCCGAGGCCCGCCCCUCCCCGCCGUCAAGGUGUGCCUGCGCUGCAACGCGCCCUGCUGCCAGUCGCACGUGCAGACGCACCUGCAGCAGCCGUGCUCGGCGCUCGGUCACCUGCUGGUGGAGGCCGAGGCUGUCAAGGCUUGGACGUGCCCGCAGCACGACGAGUACCGGCUGUACCACUGUGAGGCGGAGCAGACGGCGGUGUGCCAGUACUGCUGUUUUGCACGCUGCCACCCCAGCCACGGGCACGCUGUCGCCGACGUGGAGCUGCGCCGCAACGACAUCAGACAAAGCCUGCUGAGGCAGCAGGAGCGCGUGGAGGAGCGCGUGCAGGAGAUCGAGGAGCAGCUUUGCAAGCUGGACUCGGACAAGUGUGUGGUGGAGGACCGCGUGUGCGAGCUGAAGGAGGACGUACGCCUGCAGUACCAGCGCAUGCACCAGCUCCUGGAAGAGGACCUGGGCCGCACCCUGGAAGCCCUGGAACGGGCCCAGGCCCGCUUCUGCCAGGAGAACGCCGCUCAGGUGCUGGCGCUGGGCGAACAGCGCCACGAGGCCCAGAAGCUGCUGAGUUCCAUCAACACAGCCUUCGGCAAAGCGGAGGAGCUGAGCUUCAUGAAGAACACCAAGCCCGUCAAGAUCCUCACAGACAGGUCUCAGGCGUGCGUGGGAAGCAGCCUGCCCCCUUACAAAGUCGGGAAUCUCAACGCCAAGCUUUUCCUGUCCGAAAUCACCAAACGAGAGAAGAGCUUGAAGAGAACGCUGGAAGCUCCCCUCACCCCUCCCUCCACCUUCCUGCAGUCCGUCCCGGCCUGCCCAAGCGGACAGAGCGUCGCUUCUGCAGGCGAGAAACGGAAACAUUCCACCGCUUUCCCGGAGGGUGCCGGGAACGCUGGGAAGAACGCCACUCCGGGUUUCAAAGAUGCAUCCUCCUCGUCAUCGUCCUCCUCGUCGCUAGCGAGCAAGCAGCCCUACCUGGGCUCCGCCUCCUCGUCUGCCGGAGAGGGUCAGUCCACCAAUCAGCAGCCUCUGGGUCCGUGUGGCCCGCCUCACAUCAAUGAAGGCAGCGGCGGGAGUGCGGGAAGCGGGAGCAGCUCACUAAGCAGCCACCAUUCCGGCGCCGUCUUCAGCUCCUCGCACUUCCCCCCCGGGGGCGGCGGCGGCGGCGGCGGCUCCUCGCACUCCUCCCAGCAGGCCGUUCUGCCCCAGUACGGCGGUCGCAAGAUCUUGGUGUGCACCAUGGAUAACUGCUACUGCUCCGGGGUGGCCUCGGUUUCGGGCCACCGCGGACACCCGCCGUACUCACGCUCAGGCUCCUUCCCGUGGGUCAGCGCACAGGACUACCCGCCGCCCCCUGGUCUGGCUCCCGGGGGGCCGUCCAUGCAGGGGCUGGCGGUGAGGGACUGGAUAGACGCCUCGCAGUCGCACAGACACGCCGACUUCUACGGGCUGUACGGGCAGCCCUCCACAAAGCACUAUGUCACCAGUUAACGCCGUCGUCACGCACACACAUUCACAACACAAUAGACUCCUAUUAAGCCGUGCUAGCCUACACAAUAAUGUACACACGCACACACGUCUACAACAUAUAUACACAUUCGGGGGCAGGGUCGCUGUGAGUUUUAUUUUUUUCCCCGCUCAGUGUUGUACGGAGUGUGUUGUACGUUUAAACAAACUUUAAUAGAUGCCAACGCGUUCCCCGCGUUCAAAGAUGGAGCGCCAGCAAGGAGGGGCUGGAAAUUGUUGGGGGGGUGGAGCCGAAGGGGGACAAUGUAUUUUUAUUUAUAGUGCUCGGAAAGAUGAAAAGGAACUUUUGAUGGCGGAAUCCUCCAUACCACCUCCAAGGAACGGGACAAAAAGCUGCAGGGUUCCAGUUUAGCGUUUCCGGCUGUACCGAGGUCCGUUGCCUUACGUUGUCAUGACGUCAUCCUUUAUUUGACUGUGUCGUCACCUCGUGGCGUUUCUCAGAAUCAGGGAAGGAUCGCUCUUCCACUGGAAACACCCACAUUUGUGGGAGGGGCGGGAGAACUGGACGCUUUGGAAUUUUUUUUUUCCCUUCCAUGCUUCCCAAAAUCUUCUGACCAGACUGUUUUUUUUUCCUGUUAAUUUGACAUAUUUUGGUGUUGUUUGCCGAUGCCCCCCCCCCCCCCCCCAAACCCCCCACGCUCGUCUUGAGACUCAUGGACGGUAAAAGUGACAAAGAUGAGAGCAGCAGCAGCAGCAGCAGCAACAGUCAGACCAAACCAAUCAAGCAUCACCAGGAGGAGCGGGCGAUGCUGUUAAUGUACUUCCUUCAGGGCAACGAUGUCACUUCCUCUCAAUAAGCACACGAGCUCUUGGCUUCCCGUUUGCAGCUGUAAGCGUGCAAAGGAAGAGUUUAUUUUUUUUGAAGCACUCAGAAGAUAAAUAUGAUUUAAAAAAAAAAAAAAAAAAGAACUGUAUGCAGUUUAAAAAAAAAAAAUAAGGUGGAAGGAUUUUUUUUUCAUGACUGUUUGUAAACGACUGGACUCCAAGCAAUGAUGGUCAUUCUAAAUAGAAGCCAUUAACUAAGUUGAAUUCAAGAAAAAGGACAAAAACCAACUUGAAAGUUUUUUUUUUUUGUAAAUAUUUUGUGAAAUGGAAAAAUGACAGACGUGAUUUGGAGGAGAAUUCCAAAUAAAAUUUAAACCGGCCCCGCUGUCAACAUUUCUGUCUGAUUGCUUUCAUUCUGGAAAGUAGUGAUGUGCGAUACCACCGGAGGGUGUGUUCCGACUUUAGGGGGCAUCUCCCGGUGGAGAGACACUGGACCAGCUCCACACCCUAGCGAGGGUACUUGAGGGUAUGUGGGACUUUGCCCAAGCGGUCUACAUGUGCUUUAUGAAAUUGGAAGAGGCAUUGGACUGUGUUCCUCCUGGUGUCCUGUGGUGGGUGCUCCGGGAGUAGAGGGUUGGUGGUGCUCCACUAUGUGCCAUUCGGUCCUUUGGUUCCUUAGUUGGCAUUGCCAGCCUGUUUCUGGUGAACGUUGGCCCUUUGUCACUGAUUCUGUUCUGAAUUUUUAUGGGCAGAAUUUCUUGGCGCACCCGAGGCGUCGAGGGGAGUCCAAUUUGGGGGCCUGAUGGCCUCAUCGGGUUGUGACCUUCUGCAUUUGAGUUCAAGUAUCUCAGGGUCUUGUUGACGAGUGAUGGGAAGGUUGGAGCGUAAGGUCCAUAUGCGGAUUGGGACAGCGUUGGCAGUAAUACGGUCGCUGUACCAGACCCGUGAUGUUCCCAACACGGGUGUUUUACACCUUCUUGCUGGCACUUUCUUUGGCUCCAUUUUGGGUUAUGGAGGUGAGAAACUGUAUUGAAUUGAAGAACUAACUCAUGGCAAAACAGGAAGAUAGCGGUGGUUGAUCUUGGCUGCCAUAUUGUGUCUUGGGGUACGCUCAAGAAUCACGUUUUCAGUGAAGGUAAAAGAAUCCUUGAAGGUUUAUUUAUUCAUUAAUUUCAUUUUUUAAAACUGUAACUGUAAAACUAUGAAAAUGUAAUUUAAAGUGUAGUGUUUUGGCUUUCUGGAUGGGUUAAUACAUCUUAUGGGAAGAAUUCUGGAACGAAUUAAUGACGCUAACCAAGGUUCCAUAUUUACUAAUUUCGCACAGAAGGGCCAACAUAUAUGAUUUAAUCUUUUUUUUAAGUAUUUACUUCUAGUCAUGAUUUGGGUGGU